GCCACAUGUGACGGGUGCUUCGUUUAACCACAUCACCGAUAUCUACAUACGCCACACUCGUCCCGCCCAGAUGACGGCCGUCGCCUAUACGCGGAACCAAUCGAAGGUUCGUGCGAUAGAGGGUGUUGGACUCGAGACGUCGUAAUCGAGGUUUGGCAGCACCUUGACGCAUCAGCCAAAUCGGACUCAGGACACUAUAAAGCGACGUUCAGAUCUGACAAUUCCAGAAGCCCUCACAAACGCAAGUUCACCUCGUUCACCGUUAACGUUUGCUAUCAUCCUCUGUCAUGUCUAACGCGUCGCACCUGCUCCCUGCUGUGCCUCAGACUCAAGGCCGUUCAUGCACUACCUUCAAGAUUCCGCCCAUGGACGGCUCACUGACCUACCCUCAGCUGUUCGAUUACCACGGGCAGCACUCCGCUGACCACCGCCUGUUCGUGUAUGCAGAAGACGACGGAACCCUCAAGACAAUCAAUUGGUCCCAAGCGAGCCAGGCGAUCCGCAGAAGUGCCCUGUUCGUGAGGGACCGUCUGGGCUGGCAGCCCGGUAUGGUCGACGCACCGGUGGUCGCGAUCUUGUCGGCCUCAGACUCGAUUCCCUAUGCGACGACGUUCAUGGGUGCCAUGCGCGCGGGCUAUACCCCGUUCCCCAUCUCUACGCGUAACUCGCCUGCCGCGGUCGCAUAUCUACUCGAGAAGACCAACGCCCAACAUGUAUUAGUCGGGCUCGACCAGGCCAUGCAGGAUCUUGCCAGAGAUGCGUUCGAGAUCCUCAAGUCCCAGUCCCAAUUUGCCACCGCUCCUGGAACAUCGCCCAUGCCUGUAUUUAGCGACCUGUACGGUGCAGACAUCGCGGACGUCGCCGUCGAAGACGUGCCGUACGAACAGCGGGGCUUGGAAGAACGCACUUUCCUCCUACACUCCUCAGGGUCCACCGCCUUCCCCAAGCAGAUUCCUUUCACCUAUCGGUCGAUCCUACAAUUUGCCAGAGCCGCUUUCUACGGAGAGCUCGAUCUGACGGACCGCGUGAUAUCCCUACACAGCGUGCCGAUGUUCCAUGCGAUGGGUAUCCUCAUGACCCUGUGCACUGCUGCUUAUGGCAUGGUUGCCGCCGUGCCCGCGCCGAAGACGCCCCCGGCGGUCCCAACGAACGACUCGGUCAUCGAAGGAGCAAAGGCGACAAAUGCUAAUCUGCUCUUGACUGUUCCAGCCAUGGUUGAGGCCUGGUCACGCAACCCCGAGUAUGUCAAAUGGAUUGCAACGCGUGACGCAGUGAUCUACGGUGGUGGCCCGCUCAACAAGGAGCGGGGCGAUUACAUGGUCAAUCACGGCGUCGAGAUCAUCAACAUCUACGGAUCCACGGAAUGCGGUCCUUUGAACGUAUUUUUGACUGCCAAUCCUGGCAUAGACUGGGAGCACUUCCGCUUUGCAUCCUACCUCAACGUGAAGUUAGAACCACACGGCAAUGACCAAUACGAAGUUGUCCUCGUGCCAAACGAGUUUGUGCGGCCAAACUUGCUCAACACCAAGGUCGAUGGAGUAGACGCUUACGCGACCUCUGAUCUUGUCGCUCCUCAUCCGACAAAAAAAGGGUUCUACAAGAUAGUCGGCCGUACUGACGAUCAGAUCAUGCACAGUACCGGCGAGAAGACUAACCCAGGUCCUUUGGAAUUGAUGAUGAAUCAGGACCCACAUGUACAAGCGAGCGUCAUGUUCGGUCGUGGACGGCUCCAGGCUGGGAUCCUGGUCGAGCCUAAGCCCGAGUCCAGCUUUGAUCCCUCGGACGAUGCCAAGGUUGCUGAGUUCCGCAACAAGAUUUGGCCGACUGUCUUGAAGAUGAACGCCUUCGCUCCGCAGCACUCCCGUCUCUUCAAAGAGAUGAUAUUGAUUGCGAAGCCAAGCAAGCCCUUCUUUUACACCGCUAAGCAUACUGUGCGCCGUGGGGCCGUGAUCAAGGAAUACGAGGACGAGAUUGAUGCAAUCUAUGACUCGGUUGAAGCCAGCUCGCAGUCAGCCGUUCCACCUCCCGCGAGCUGGGACAUUCCCUCGACGACCAAGUUCGUGCGUCGGGUGGCUGCACAGGUCAUGGGCCGCACUAUACCGGACGACGGUGAUCUCUUCCAGCAUGGCUGCGAUAGUCUACAGGCGACCUAUAUCAGAAACACUCUUCUCCGUGCCGUCCGCGAGACUCAGAAGAUCGACACGCGCCACGUCCGAGAGAGCUUCAUCUACGACAACCCUACCAUCGCCCAGCUCUCCGCCUCCAUCGCCUCCAUCGCCCUUGGUACCGACCGCUCAGAGAGCGCCAGUACAUCUGCUGCGGCCCGCAUUGACGCCAUGCGCGCGAUGCUCGCGAAGUACACUGCAAACUUCCCCGUGCACAAGGCCGAUCCCAGUGUGAAGCGGCCUGCGGGCGACGUCGUCCUCGUCACGGGCACCACCGGGAGCUUGGGCUGUCACUUGCUGGCCCAGCUUUCGGAAAACCAAGAGGUCGCAAGGAUCUAUGCGCUGAACAGGCCUGCGAAGGACCAGCUCCCGCUCCGCGAGAGGCAGAGGUCUGCGCUGAUUGAUCGUGGGCUCGAUGCGAGUGUACUGGAGUCAGAGAAGGUCGUGCUGCUCGAGGGCGAUCUGGCGAAGGCGCACUUCGGUGUGGGCGAGAAGGUGUAUGAGGAGCUCCGUCGCUCUGUGACGCACAUCAUCCACAACGCCUGGCGCGUCGACUUCGUCAUCCAACUCACGUCGUUCGAACCACAGGUGCAAGGCGUCCGAGCUCUCGUCGACUUCGCCCUCAGCUCGCCCUUCCCUGAGCCACCCAGUCUGGUGUUCGAAAGUUCGAUGGGUACGCUUCAAAAUGCCCCGAACAACGAGUUUAUCCUCGAGACGUCCUCCAAACCAGAGUAUGCCAUCGGUACAGGCUACGCCGAGUCCAAAUGGGUCUCGGAGCAGAUCCUCUUCACUUCCUCCGAGAAGACCGCACUGAACCCGCUCAUCGCCCGCCUCGGCCAAAUAUGCGCCGGCCCCGACGGCGCAUGGAACGCCCACGAGUGGUUCCCGUCCAUUGUGCAGAGCGCGCCUACGCUGGGCUGCUUCCCAGAUGACAACAGGUCCGUCGAUUGGAUCCAGCUGGACCUCGCCACCGCCGCGCUCAUCGACUUCCGCAACGCGUCAAGCCCGACGCACCUCGUGCAUCUCGUGCAUCCGCGCCCCGUGUCCCUGCACACGCUGGCCGUCGCCGUCUCCGCUGAGUUCGCCGUCCCGCUCGUGCCGUUCGCGACGUGGCUCGCGAAGCUCGAGCAGCACGCCGCGCAGUCGCUCUCUGGCGCGGGCGCCGGAUCGGGCGGAGACGCAGUGCGGAGCCUGCGCGCGCUGCACCUGCUGCCGAUGUUCCGCGGGCUGGCGGAGAAGGCAGGAAAGGGCAACAUGGCGCUCGGCAUGACGAAUAUGGAUGUGAGCAGGGCGAAGGAGGCAUCCAGGACGAUGGCGGACCCGGAGUUGAGGCAGCUUGGUGCGGAGGAUGUGCAGAGGUGGCUGGCGUAUUGGCGCAAGGUCGGGCUGUUCGGUCGUGCCUGAAAGUGGUCUUUGUGACUACAUCUCGUGCCUCCUAGCCUGAGGCGUCAAUAUGACAUCCGAGUGUUGUGUAGGAUAGAAAUCAUCGAUGGCGACUCUGUACGGACUCUUAUGAGAUUAUGAUAGUAGACUGUUACGGAUUGCAGUCUCUUUAGAGCAGCUCAAGAUUACGAACGAACGAUUCAUGGCUU